AUGGAAGUUCGCAGACGAAGGAAUGAACCAGACAAAAGUUUAGAUAGCAAUAGUUAUUAUCAACAUGAAAUUGAUGAGAAAACGAAACGGGCUAAGGAUGCAAUUGGUUUUAGGCACUGGAUUAUUUUUAUUUUGACCGUAGCUGUUGUUUAUGCCGGAGUUGUUUAUUUGCACAGGUAAGUACUUUUUGAGAUCUCAUUUUUGAGUUAGGAAAAGCCCGAUCAGUAUGAGAUUUUUAAAAGGAAAUAUUUGAAUAAAAAUCCUGGGUCAGAAGCCCAAAAAUUUGUGAAUUUAAAUUUAAAAAACUGUACCCUGGCCUUAUAAAGUUUUGAAAAAAAACUGUAACCAAUUUUGGAACUGAAUUUCGAAAAUCAAAAAAAUCUUUGGCCCUUUUCUCUAUGAAUUCUCCUUUUUCCAGACACAUGCCACCAGUUCGCGAUGCUUCCUCUUUCGAAAACUUCAGCGAAGAUCGUGCUCGUGUGCUUCUCAAACAACUCGUCGGACUCGGACCAAGACCGAGUGGAUCGGUGAAUUUGGAGAAAAACGCUUUUCAAUUUAUUCAGGAUCGAAUUGAGACUGUGAAAUCGACAGUGGACGAAUUUGGUGUGAAUCGAAUUGAACACGAUGUGCAGGUGAGAGAUUUUGAUCUUGAAAAAAAUAAAUUAAAAACAAAAUUUUAUUCCAGAGACCAUCGGGUUGUUUUGAUCUCAAAUUCUUGAGUUCCUUCACCCUUUGCUAUCACAAAAUCACAAAUAUCGCUGUACGCAUUGGACCAAAAGCUGGACCAUCGGGAAAUUCAUUGCUUCUCAAUUGCCACUUUGAUACAAUGCCAGAUACACCAGGUGCAACUGAUGACGCGGUUGCUUGUACGAUUCUAAUGGAUGUUCUCGAAGUUCUCGCUCAUUCAGAAACUGAACUUCAAAAUGAUGUUGUUUUCCUGUUCAAUGGAGCUGAAGAGAAUUUCCUACAAGCUGCACAUGGUUUCAUCAAUCAACAUCCAUGGCGACACGAUAUUCGAGCGUUUAUUAAUUUGGAAGGAACUGGUUCUGGCGGCCGCGAGAUUCUUUUUCAAGCUGGACCCGGGAAUUCGUGGCUUCUUCAAACGUAUUUGGAAAAUGCUCCACAUCCAUUUUGCAGUGUUCUUGCUCAGGAAAUUUUCCAAUCUGGAAUUAUUCCAUCUGACACGGAUUUCAGAAUUUUCCGAGACUACGGUCGAAUCUCUGGACUUGAUAUCGCCUACACGAAAAAUGGAUGGUUCUAUCAUACCGAAUUCGAUGAGGAAUGGCGAAUCGAAGCUGGAGCAAUUCAACGAGCCGGUGAAAAUGUGUUGGCUGUUGUGAGAGCCAUAUUGAAAUCACCAUAUUUGUCACAACCGGCUCGAUUUGAAGAGGAAAAUCAUUGGGUGUUCUACGAUGUUGUUGGAUUGUUCACGGUUUAUUAUACGGUUCAAAUUGGAAAAAUCAUCAAUUAUUCGGCGUGUUUGUUGACGUUUUUGAUGGUUUUGAGGAGAUUUAGCAAGAAGUUGUAUAGUCCAAGUGAUUUGAUAAUUGCAUAUAAACAUCAUGUUGUUGCUUUUAUUGCGAUGCUUAUUACAAUGUUGGCAACGAUUGCAUUUGUUAUUCAAUUUGAUUUGGUUAUGUGUUGGUCAGUUGAUUUUUCAAUAUGUGUUUGUGGAAGUUUGAAUCAGAACAAGAACAUGUUAAAAAUCUUCAAGAAUAUACCCGAGCUUAUCAAUAAUUAUAAUCCAAAAAAACUAGAUUUUCCAAGCCAAAUUUCAGGUACAAAAUGCCGGAAUUAGUCGGACCUCUCUAUGUUCUUCCAAUGUUAAUCGCCGGUGCAAUCACUCACUCAUAUUAUGCGGAUAAUAACAAAAUCAAAAAUGUCGAAAUGGUACAAUAUGACACGAUUCUCAUCUCGUUCAGUUGUAUUCUUUUCGUAAUGACACAUCUCAAUUUGGCUUCCGCUUUUUAUGUUCUCAAUUAUUUGAUUCUUCCGUCGUUGAAAGAUGUUUUGAUCUAUUUUUUGGGAUUAUUUGGAAUUGUGAGAAGUUAGUUUUUUUUCGUUAGAAUGUGAUCUUUAAAUUUUCAAAGUUUUGUGUGAAAUUGAAGGCAUUUUUCAAUGAAUUACUGAAAAUCUGGAGAGUUGAAAAUUUCAAUUUGAUUACUGUAACCGAUCUAGCCCCCAGUCCCUCUCAAAUCCGAUUUUUUCCAGGAGUAACUCCCCGUGUUCUCUUCUACACUCAACUAUUUUGCUUCAUUCCACCAUUUGUAUUUGCUGCCUAUGCAAUCAGUCAAUGUGUUGAUUUCUUUGUUCCAGUUAUGGGAAGAUUAGGAAAUGCAAUCAAUCCCGAAUUUAUUAUGGGUCCAAUUGGUUUGGUUAUUGCUGCAAGUUUUAUUCUUUUUGUGGUUAGUUUUCUCUCUCUCUCUUUUUUCGUUUAAGAAACUUCUUAGUUAUCAAAUUGCAGAAUAAUUUGUUCUAUAUUUCUCGCCGUAUGAAUUAUAUAAUCCGAGUGAUGACAUGUCUUUUCGCUAUUUUCCUUUUGAUUCUUCUCACAACCAAAAUCGGAAAUCCAUAUGAAUAUUCACACGAAAAUCCGAGACUUCGACGAAUUAUUGCACUGCAUUCGAAUCGAACAAUCUAUGAUUUUGAUGGAAAUCUUGUACAAACCGAUAAUGCGCUGUUUGUUCAUUCGUUGGAUUUCAGGUAACAUUUUGGGACAUUUUUACAAGGGUAACUUGUUGUCGAAAAAAAUUGAUCCAAAUUUUUCGUGAAAUUAUUUUUCGCGACAAAAUUUUGAAUGCAAUUUUCAAACGCAGAGCCACGUGGCAUAAUUUUGCAGUCAAUGAAGUUUUGGUGCCUAAAAUUCACGUGACUAAACUAAAUUUUUAAAAUAAAAUUUAAUCGAAAAAUCCAUGUGUCAUAAAAAAAUGUUGCAGAGGAGCCUCCGAUCUACCGUCUCAUUCGUUCCUCCAAGGAAGUAUGGCACCAAAUUGCACUGGAAUUGUUGAUGAAUAUUGUCGAAUGCCUUAUUAUACAGCUAUUCAUGAAUUAUUCCCGCCAGAGUAUGUUUGUCUGAAAUAACAGCUGAAAUUAAAAUCAGGAAUUUUACAGGCACUCUUUAUGGGUUCCAGUUCCAUCGCCAGUUGUUAUGCCAAAUCCAAUUCAUUUGACAUUGACUUCUCGACAAAUUGUCGGAAAUAAUAAGCUGAAUUUGACUUUUGAGGUUAGUUUCUUUCAACGAUUUUGUCAUGUUAUUAUAACUUAUUUUUCAUUUCUCAGAUGCGCGGUGGAUUCGAUAAAAUGUCACUUCACGUAACUCCUCUCAACGGGUUCGAAUUAUCAUCUUGGUCAUUCACUGAUAUUGAUAUUGAGGAAUUCGGAAGACGACAAACAUAUUUCGUAUUUUUGACAUAUGGCUUCGAAGCGCCAGAAGUUCGUAAUUUCUGGAUUGUGCUUGAAAAUCCAAACGUCGAAAAAUUGGCCGAUCCAGAUGCCCACGAAAAUAUUGAAAUUGCCGCCGCUGCUCAUUAUGCACAUGGACAUUGGCAAGAUACGGAAACAUUGAAACAACUUCGAGCGAUGAUUGCGACAAGAAGACAGACGCCUGAAGAAGCUGUUGGAUGGUGGAGGUUUGUGUGAGGGGGAAAUCCACGUGGCUCGAAUUUUGAGCUGUUUUUUAUUCAAAAUUUUCGCUCCGAGAAUUCACGUGGCAUAAGAUGAUUUAAUUAAAAUUUUCUGUCAAAAUUCCACAUGGCAUCAUAUUUUGAGCCAAAUUUUUAUGUUUCCAAAUUCGAAAUUCAAUUUUCAAAAAUCAUUAUUUUUAGUACUUCCAGAUGGGGAAUUACAAUGAUAGGAGGACGCGCUCAACUUGUCGUCAAAACAUUCUAA